AGCAGACGGAGGAGGCGCGCUCAGGAUGCUGAUUGGUUCAUGGAUCUGAACUCAAACUGAGGCAAACAGGUCCUGAUGGGGUGUCUCGGAGGGCAGACGGAGGAGGAACGUCUUGAUGAAAAAGCAAAGCGUGAAGCAAAUAAAAAAAUUGAACGACAACUUCAGAAAGAAAGACAAGCUUAUAAAGCCACACACAGACUGCUGCUGCUGGGAGCUGGUGAAUCUGGGAAAAGCACUAUCGUCAAACAGAUGAGGAUCCUUCACGUGGACGGCUUCAAUGCAGACACAGAGAAGCAGCAGAAGACUCAGGACAUCCGUAAGAAUGUGAAGGAUGCCAUUGUGACCAUAAUCACAGCCAUGAGCUCGCUGGCACCGCCUGUGGCUCUGGGGAACCCUCAGAAUCAGCACAGAGUCGACUACAUCAAGAGCAUCGCCCCCUUGUCUGAUUUUGAGUACACAGAGGAGUUCUUUGAACACACUCAAAGGCUGUGGGAGGACGAGGGAGUCAGGGCCUGUUUCGAACGCUCCAACGAAUAUCAGCUCAUCGACUGUGCUCAAUAUUUCCUCGACCGACUGGACUCUGUCAGAAGAAAAGACUACACCCCCACAGACCAGGACCUGUUGCGGUGCAGAGUACUGACCUCUGGGAUCUUUGAGACUCGGUUCCAGGUCGACAAAGUCAACUUCCACAUGUUUGACGUCGGAGGACAGAGGGACGAGCGUCGGAAGUGGAUUCAAUGUUUUAAUGAUGUGACGGCCAUCAUUUUUGUUGCGGCGAGCAGCAGCUACAACAUGGUGAUCAGAGAAGACAACUCCACCAACCGCCUGAGAGAGAGCCUAGACCUGUUCAAGUCCAUCUGGACCAACAGGUUCCUGAAGACCAUCUCCGUGAUCUUGUUCUUGAACAAACAAGACGUUUUGGCUGAGAAGAUUCUGGCGGGAAAAUCCAAACUGGAGGAUUAUUUCCCCGAAUACGAAAACUACACCGUCCCCCCCGACUCUGUUUCAGACGCUGACGAAGAUCCAAAAGUGACACGAGCCAAAUUCUUCAUCAGGGACGAAUUUCUGCGCAUCAGCACGGCCAGUGGAGAUGGGAAGCACUACUGUUACCCUCACUUCACCUGCGCUGUGGACACAGAGAACAUCCGGAGGGUCUUCAACGACUGUCGAGACAUUAUACAGAGGAUGCACCUGAGGCAGUACGAGCUCCUCUAGAACCAACACCCGA